GUUCAGUAUCUGUUCAGUAGGCCUCCAGCUGGCGCACCGAGCGUAUUGGUCGAGCGAGGCGAAAGGAAAAGAAAGGGAAAUAAUUGUUGGGAGAACAGCGCGCGGAUUCCGUCUUCUCCGUAAACGUGUUUUUGGGAUUGCGUUCAACGCAACGGGUACGGAUAAGGCGAAUGUGUCCUUGGUCAGGAUUGGGAUUUAUACGACAGCCUACGUGAAUAGAAAGCAUCCCAAACACCCAGUGCAUCAUCCACCUGACUGUAUCUGCUGCUGCUACUAGCCACAUAAAGUAAGGCAAGACAGUCAACAGGGAAAACACGACUGGUACCCAGGGGUUAUCAAUUGGCAGUGCGACAAAAGUUAAAUAUUUAAACACUGAUAAAGAAGAGACUCGAGAGAAGCAGAUAUAUAUAAAGCCAGAAUAGAAGAAUAUUAUUUUCAUCGUCAUAGGGUCCUUUUAAAAUAUGAAAGGACUGCUGGGACUUUUGUGUCUCCUGGCGGUAGGACAAUCCGUCAAAAGGCAGUACUCGUUAAUAGACACGCACAGGCAAAAAUUGUUCGGACUCGAGGCUGAUCUGGACGCUCUGAUUUUUGCAUCCAACUGGAACGACGUACAGACGAAUUCGACUUACUUGGAAAUAAUAAAGGCCUACAAUGACUUCGGCGAUUCGCUGGACGAGCAUUUUCCGGCCACAGCCAAGACUCACGUCGAUUCACUGAACUCGCUUUGGCUCUGGGCUAGAGUCAAGUCCGAGAAACGUACCAUAGACGGUCUCUAUAUGACUUUUCGUAGGAUGCAAGGACAGGUACUAAGCGGAGCACCGUUUAAUGUCCAACAGUGGACCAACUUUGCGGAAACGAUUUUACACGACGUCAGCGCAUCCAUACCAGCUGCCCUUGACCGAAUUAGCAAUUUCAUCGUGCACCAGAAACUGUUCGUAUCGGCCUACCAGGAAAGUUCCUCGCAAAUUUGCAACAUGCAACAAUCGCCCCAGCAGUUACUGUACAGCCUAUACACAACAAUAACGUUGACCGAGAUCAAGGGAUACGCAAUGAUGCAAUUUUCCUGGUUACUCUUGAAGAUGUAUAAUAAAGGCAACUUCAGCGAGGAGAUGCAGCUGCUCAAGAAUGAAUACAUGUUAAGAACUCUGGAGACUCUACGAGAGGUAAAGACGGCCAUGACCUUUGCCCCUAGAGCAUUGUGGAGAUGCGACCCGUCCAUCCACGAGGAAAACGUGACGUACACGGAACUGAAGCAGCUCCUGCAAGGCUUUGUCGUGAACGAGGUCGACAUGAACAGCGCACAAACCUGCCGUGAGAAUUGCGGCUACUACACGGCCGAAAAAGUUUACUCCUGCUAUCAGAAUCAGUAUUGUUCACGUCAGCGACGAUGCAACGGGAUGCUUUACAAUUGUCAGUACAUCGACUCCGACAUGUGGAUCUGCCCUUCGAAACGGGAAAGCAAUAGGCGGUACGAGUACAUAGAGUAUGAAAAUGGCCGUACGUUAGGAAAGAAGGGAACUUGCGCCAGCGGGACUACUAAGGUGGACAGCUGGUGGCGCUGGCUCUUUUGGCACUGCAGCUACUGCAUAUGUUUCUGCGACGACCACAAUUCCAGCUCGGACCGUUACUUCAAUCUGAGAAACGUCACUGCGGAUAUUGAGAAUAAUAUGGUUAUUACGGGCAUUAAGUUUACCAAGAAGAAUCAGAUCAUCCACCUUCAAAUACAGCAAGGUUUACUGCUACCACGUGGCGGUAUACAAUCCGAGACCAUUGGAUGGAAACCUGUGGAGAAUUAUAAGAUUUCGGAUCGCCACGUCCACGAAGGUCGUGAUUACCAUACGUUAGGUUGGAGCCAAAGGGCAUUGGACUUGGAUGACCUAGACGCAUCCUCGACAACGUAUCAUGGAUCUAAAGAGGAACAUCUGGUUACCGGAGUCAGAUUCAGGUUGGUUGGUAAGAAUCUAAAUUUGGAAAUUCUACUGACGCCAUUCAACUUUACGACUGGCAAGCUAAUAAAACCGCUUGAAAGAAGUCUUUGGCAUGGCAACGACAACACAGCAGCGUCCCUGACCAAUCCUAGGACUUUGUUCAAGAUCGAGAAACCAGACGUGCCGACUCACUCACCUGCACCAUCCGUUCCUGACUCCAUGCCGGAUCAGUAUUUGGAAUUCGCACCGAGUGAUCUUACCAAGGACGUGGCUCAGACAACCAUUCCGUUUAUAGACAUACAACCGAUUGUGCCACAUCCUGCUGUACCAAUUUCCGGUGUAGGAAUCUUUCACAAGGGUAGAGAGGGUUACGGCGGUUUCGUCGCACCGAAACUUUUUACGUUUAAUUUUUCGCCUCACUUGAAUAUCGAAUUCCCACCGCCUAAGCCCGUUGUCAGUGAGAAGACCCUUUUAGAACCAGAAAGUAUGUAAAUUACUCGUUAAAGAGGGGUCUUCUGCAAUGCACUGUGUCAAAAUAGAUAUUCACGAGGUUUAAAAGGAAAAUCGGUCCUACGUUUGAUCCUCACAGACGAAUGAGCAAAGAAACAGACUUUCGUAUCUUUUUUAAAACAAAACGUCGUGACAGUGAGCGAUAAUCUCCACGAGCACCGUGAAUGGGAAAACAUUUUUAUUAUCUUCUUUCUACGUAAUUCAAAUAACUUUUGGUAAAUUAAAAUUGUCAUUUUCGACAUUGUAUCCGACAUACUAAGUUUUACUGCAUAAUGCCAUAAAUAAAGAACUGAUAUGUUAAUAAACAGUAUGACCAUUGUUUGUGAGUGAACGCAACGUUUAAUCUGUCCCUUUUUUUUUCUAUUUGAAUUUGACGUUAGCUCACAGAUAUUGAGAAAUUCAAGAGAUAUUUUCCACUUUAUACUCUUCGAAGGAAGUAAGGAUAAUUUAGUGUGCGACAAAUUCUCGAGUGUCUUAUUAAUUAGUUAAUUUUAAAUUAGUCCAAGUAAUAUUCUGUGAUUAGACGGUAUCUAAAAGUACAACUUAAACAUUGCCAAUGUACGGCGCAUAACAUAACUGUGAACGAAUCUAAUCGACAACGUAUACUAUCACUCGAAUAUACUGAGCAAUAAAGGAAAAAAAAAGUCA